AUCAUCAGUACUUAGCAUCAUUGGGUUACCUGUUAAUGAUGGGAUUGAGAUUAGUUGUCAAGCAGUAUCAUAUCCACCUUUGGUUGAAGAUUCUUCUGGCAGUACACUUCAUGUCAGGGGAGUAUCACCAGUUGAAGACAUACACUGGUCUAAUGAUGAUCAGUUAUUGUCAUGGUCUCCUCCUUCUUUCUAUUCUGAUGAUAUACCACUAGGAACUGUCACUACAUAUAAUGUACUAGUGAAUGGCAGUUGCUAUGUCAAUACUACUAACACUAGUGUAUUCUUGAAUCAAUAUGAUUCUUGUUGUUUGGAGCUUAAUAUCAGUGUAGUUGCCUCUGUGCAACAAUAUGUAUCAACAAAGGAUGAAACUAUUUAUAUGGCAAAGUUUGAAAAUAUUACUUUCAAUAUCAAAAAUUACAGUGUUAUAUUUAAUGAAACUAGCAAGAAUUUUCACAUCACCUUAACUAUCAAAGUUAACCAGGAUGCAAUACAAAGUUGUAGGUAUUCUAUUGAUGGAAGAAUUGGUGAAGUUCGUCAUUCCAAGUGUUUGUUAGGAGAAGAGUAUGAUGAUUUUACUGUUACUGAUUUACCGCCGUAUAUAAAGAACACUAUUGUCAUGGAUUUAAACAACAAUUGUGGUACUGUAGAUAAUGAUGCCCUCGAUUUCACUACGUAUCAUGUUCAAAAUCUAACGAUAUCUACUGAAGGGAAUGGAUCUGUUAGUGUACAGUGUGUUUAUGCAGAAUCAUCAACUGCUGAUGGAUGUCAUGUGAUAUUUACACACACUGUCAGCGGAAGGAAUGAAUCUUUUAAUGUAACUGGAUCAGGGAAUACAAUAAUAUCUUUACCAGCCAGUGGUAGUUAUACAGUGAUAGCCUUUGAUAUUUAUAAUGGGUCAUUAUAUGGACCAUCUCUUGAACACUUUAAACAAGUCAAUGUCAUACUGGAUUCUCCUGAUCACUCUACCACAGUGUAUCCUACCUCUACUAAUAGUCCACCAAAUGUUUCUGUAAGUGUGCCUCCAUCACCAAUUGAUGUCGAAAGUCCUGAUAAUGACAGUAAGAUUGCUAUACUGUACAAUUAAUGCACUAUCAAAA